AUGAUUCUUGGGAUCUUAUUGAGCGCUUUGGUCAUUGAUGGUGUCAAUUCGAGCUUGACCACCAACACCAGACCCCCUAGGAAUAAACUCCCAAGUUUAAACAAAGCUGGUAUUGAAGAUUCCGCAGAAAGUCUCGAGUAUAAAGAUUUCACCAGUGUCGACUUGAUUAAAGCAAAUCGCCACAAACGACAACAUGAACAAUACUGCUUGCUCCCAUGCACUAAUUGGGGCCAAAGUGCCUGCAUAACCUACAUUGCGAGGAAACUUCGAGAAGUUGGUGCCAUUAUCUUAGGAAAGACGAAUCCCAGUCAAUGGGGCCACUUCAGAUCAUUCAACAUCAGCAACGGCUGGUCAACUCGUGGUGGACAAACUUAUGGACCAUAUUUUCCCCGGCAGGAUCCCUCUGGUAGUUCGAGUGGUAGCGCGGUGGCAUCGACACUAGGAUUAGCAACAGUUUUCUUGGGUGCGGGACCUAGUGGUUCAAUCAUAGCACGUUCUCAUUUUAACAGUGUUGUUGGUAUGAAGCCAACGGUGGGAUUGAUAUCACGUCAUCUUGUAGUUCCAGUCAGCGAACACAUGGAUACUAUAGGGCCGAUGACGAAGACGGUCAAAGACGUCGCUUAUGUUUUUCAGAGCAUCGCAGGUGUUGAUCCUCAUAUAACUAUACCUCUGCGAUCCUGCAUGGAGCUGACCUGGACCUUGUCAAUGCCUGGCGCUAUUAUCGAGAACACCGAUUUUCCAACUGCACAAGAAUCCAUCGAUAAUGGUUUAUUGACCGUCCAGGUUGUAGCAGCAGAUUUUGGUGUGGUUGUGGAGAAAUAUCUAGAUUUGCUAGUGUACAAUCCGCACAAUAUAAUAGACUUACCCGAUCUACGCGAAUGGACUCAAUCUCGGCCACUAGAGGGUUGUCAAAAUAAACCUACGAACGUUUGGGAUGCAGCACUACAAAACUGGAGUAAUGCCGAUUACGAAUGUUGGCGUACUUACCAACGAGCCCCAUAUUGGGGUAAUGAAGGAGGUUUAUUGGGAGUAUUUGAGCGAUAUAAGCUCGAAGCUGUCAUUUUGCCAUUUUUAUUUCUUGGAACUGGGCUGGUGUUGUUGGUGCGCCUAUUAUAUAUGAAUUGGUUCGACUUUAGUUUCUUGGGAGAAAAAUUUACAGAUGCAAAACUCAUUGGGUUAGCAUAUGCCUUUGAGCAAAGAACAAUGAAUAGGAAAACGUCAGAGAAGAUUCUAGGAAAGGCUCAUGUAAUCAAUUCUGAGCAGGGCGGUUAG